AUGGCCACGAAGACUCAAGCCACGACGGCAUUCCUUCUUUUGAAUCUAUUGUUCUGCACAUUCACCUCUGCCCAAAUCCCGGGCCUUCCCGGCAUUCCUCUGCUUCAGUGCCCUCUCUUACUCCUGGAAACAGCGGUCUGCGGUGUUCUACUCAACCUCAUCAAAAUCGGAAAUUUCACCGCGGCAGCUAAUUCAACUUGUUGCGCUUUGUUAGCACCUCUGACGAAUAAUGUGGCGGCCGACUGCCUAUGCAUCUCCAUAAAGGCUAAUUUGCUUGGUCUCAACGUGAGCAUUCCUGGUGACAUUAAUCUGAUUCUUAACUCCUGUGGCAAGAAUAUCACUAUCCUGGGUUGUCCAUAG